UGAGUUUUAGAUGGCUGGCAGCACCACUGAUGACGGCGCCGCCGCCAUAGCACAGCCUGUUCCUGCUACAGCACCCCUAAUGAGGGGCCUGGAUUUUCUACGCCAGCCUCCGCCUAGGCGAGAGACGCCAGAGGCCGUGCCCGCGCUAGCUGUUAGUUCCCCAGCCGUGCCUCUGCCUUUCUCUGACUUACUCCCGGACAUUGAUGCUGAGCCUUUGCUCGCAUCCACUCCUGCUGCCUCUCCUAGCUCUCCCAUUACUUCCGCGGGGAUCCCUUCGCCUCCACUCUCAGUAGCCGCGAUCCCAGCGCUGCCUUCAAGACUGCCCGCUGGAAGGUACACGCAAAGCACCAUUCGAUUUGCGCGUACCCGAGUUCCUCACAUCAGGCUAGAGACUUCCCGACCUGCUGCUGAUGCAACGCCAUCUGCGACCCAAGAGGCGGGAACGUCUGCUUCAGCCUCUGAUCCGACGCCGAGCACGGGAAGCCACUCUCGUCUCAUCCCCGACCCCGAUGCACUUCUUGCAGAACUGAAGGCGAAGGCCGAAGAGCAGUGGGUGCGAAAAUUCCCCUGGCUGCUCAUCGACCAACGCCCCGACGGACGUCCGUGCAUGAAGUGUCGAUUGUGCAUGGCGCAUGCUCCUCCGAAGUGGCAGUACGGCAAAUACGGCAAUGGAGGUGUCGACAUUCAGAAGCAGACUAUGGUGAAGCACUCCCAAAGCAAGAAGCACGAGGCUGCGGAGGAUCGGCAGAAACAGUACGGCUUCAAGCAAAUCACAGAAGCACUCGUCGUUUACCUUCGAGCACAGCAGAUGAAGCACAUUCAACAGUCGCCGUUCGUGGGCAUCCAGCUCGACGAGAGCACCGAUAGGAGGCGGGGUAAACACAUGAUUGUUGGCAUCAGCACUGAUGGAGCCAGCGUCAUGACGGGGGCGAACCGGGGCCUUGUCGCUCAGCUCCGCGCCAGGGUCCCGCAUCUCGUGCCCUGUCAUUGCAUCGCCCACAGAGAGGCGCUCGCGGCUAAGGACGCUGCCAACGAUUGUCCCGACCUCGAGAUCGUCGACAAAGUCGUCCGAAGCCUAGCCGACAUCCUUGGCCGCUCCAUUGUCGUCGACAUCACCAAGGUGGCCCAGCUAGUAGAGAACACAUGCAGCAUCCUCCGCUCUCGCUACGUAGAGUAUGGCGUCAACUUCGGCGAGGAUUCCAAGCUACUCACCGAGUUUUUGGAGGAGCAUGGCCCGAAGAACAAGCGGAUGGUGACAGUGGAGGGCAUUGACGGCGCUGGCAACCCGACGGCUCACACCUUUAAGCUGCACGAGAAAGCUCUGUCAGGCCAGAAGAGUGAGGGAGACAUGGAGUCAUGCAUCUCCCUUGUCACCCUUUUUGUGCAGGCCAUCAUCCGCAACUUGGAGUCGCGGAUGGAGAGCCUCAACAGUCUCCGUGGGUCGAAACUGUUCUUCCCCGACGCUUACCCCGACUCCGAGUUGAUUGGGGCAAGGCGGAAAGGGAGCUGCCUCGAUUCACGCGCAUGCUCCACGGUCAUUACAAGGAUACGUCAUUCCACAACUGCUUGAAGAACAUUCUCAGAUCCGAAGACUGGCGCACCUCCUACCC